CGUUGAUUCCAGGGAUGUCAAUUGAAUAGAAAAAUUCCAAAUUUCCAGAUAUCUUUGUUCUAAAUUUAAAAAUGAAUUUUUUUUUUCUCGAAUCAUGAAAAACAAGUUUCUGUCUUUUUCUGAAAAUCGGGUCGCGGUGUCCAGGCCACAAGCUUCGAUUAAUCGGCCCACGAAUGAAGCACCUCCGGCUGCUGAGGAAAGACACCUAAGGAUUGUGUAUCCCGAGGCUCGAAAGGAUAGUAAUGCGGAGGAAAUGAUUCAUGAAUAUCGAAUUAGGGAUGUUUACCGUUGGCUUGAAAACCCGGACUCGGCAGAAACGAAGAGAUUUGUCAAUGCCCAAAACAGCAUCAGCCAACCGUUUCUGGAAAGAUGUGAUGAGAGGGGAAUGAUCAAUACAAAACUGACAAAGCUCUGGAAUUUCCCGAAAUUCGGAUGUCCCAUGCGUCACGGUGAUUUCAUCUAUUUCUUCAAAAAUACUGGCCUGCAGAACCAAGGUGUUCUGAUGCAGCAGGAAACCUUGGACGGCCCGGAGAUUGCCUUUCUCGAUCCCAACAGCCUAGCCGCUGAUGGGACCGUAGCUUUGAGUCAGCAAAAAUUCUCCGAAAACGGGGCUUUUAUGGCUUACGGACUGAGCGAAAGCGGUUCGGAUUGGAAUAAAAUACGCAUUCGGAGGGCUAAGGAACGCACAGACUUUCCGGAGGUCCUGGAGAAGGUCAAGUUCUCGAAGGUCUCCUGGACGAAGGACAACAAGGGCUUCUUCUAUGGGCGAUAUGCCGACCAAGACGGCAAAACUGAUGGAUCGGAGACCAAGCAAAAUGAAAACCAAAAGCUAUACUAUCAUCGGGUGGGGGAAAGUCAGGAUCAAGAUACAUUGGUGGCAGAGUUUCCGGAACAUCCAUCUUGGCGCAUUCAGCCUGAUGUAUCCGACUGCGGAAAAUACCUAAUUUUAUCCAUUAGCCAUACCGUCCGGGAUAACAUGGUGUACUAUGCCGACUUAACAGAGGGAGAGGAGAUCAAUUCAAAACUUACGGUCAAUCCGGUUGUUGAUAAGUUUGAAGGAGACUACGACUACAUAACUAACGACGGAUCGGAUAUGUAUUUCCAUACAAACAAGGAUGCGCCCAACUAUCGGGUGGUGGUCAUCGAUUUUGCGAACCCUGCCGAGGAAAACUGGAAAACUCUGAUACCCGAACAUGAGAAGGAUGUUCUGGAUUGGGCGAAAUGCGUAAAUGAGGACAAGCUCGUGGUUUGCUAUAAUCGGGAUGUGAAGAACAUUCUGCAAGUUUAUGAGUUGAGAACAGGAACACUCAUCCGACAAUUCGGCUUGGAUAUUGGAACUGUUAAUGCAAUUUCAGGCAAAAGAAAGUACUCGGAAAUUUUUUACAGUUUCUCAUCAUUCCUUACGCCAGGCAUAACCUAUCACUACGACUUCGCCAAGCCCCUUGAGAAGCCCAAGGUCCUGAGAGAGAUCACACUUAACCUGGAGGGCUUUAACCGCGACGAUUACAUCGUGGACCAAGUUUUUUAUAAGAGCAUUGAUGAUACCAAUAUUCCCAUGUUUAUCAUACGAAAGAAGAGGGACACAGUAGAGCCCCGACCUUGCCUAAUGAGCGGAUAUGGUGGAUUUAAUUACAGUUUAAUGCCGUCCUUUGGCAUCACUGGUCUGAUGUUCAUGGACACAUUCGACGGUAUCCUGGCCUUUCCCAACCUCAGAGGAGGUGGCGAGUACGGCAUCAACUGGCACAAUGGAGGAAGGCUGUUGAACAAACAAAACGUGUUCGACGAUUUUCAGGCUGCUGCUAUGUACUUGGCCGAGAACCAUUACACUACGAAGGAUCGGUUGGCCAUACAGGGUGCCUCGAAUGGUGGUCUCUUGGUGGGUGCCUGCAUCAAUCAGCGCCCGGAUCUCUUCGGAGCAGCAGUUGCCCAGGUUGGAGUCAUGGACAUGCUCAGAUUCCACAAGUUUACCAUAGGCCAUGCUUGGUGCUCGGACUACGGCAACCCCGAUGACAGGGAGCACUUUGCUUACCUGUUCAAAUACUCCCCGUUGCACAACGUACACUUUCCAUUGAACCCGAAUGAGGAGUACCCCUCGACCUUGAUCAUGACGGCCGACCACGACGAUCGCGUCAGUCCCCUGCACUCCCUUAAAUUUGCCGCAGCUCUCCAGGAAGCCGUACGGCAUUCGGAGUAUCAACUGAAUCCUAUUCUGCUGAGGGUCUACACGAAUGCUGGCCAUGGAGCUGGAAAGCCGACUAGGAUGCGCAUUAACGAAGUCACUGAUAUAAUGACUUUCCUCAGAAAGACCCUUAAUGUUGAUAUCGUCAAUCUUUAAGGAGCCAAUAUUUCAGACUUCCGGGAUUGGAUACAUAUAAAUAUAAAACUUAUUAAGGCCAACCUUGAAUUUAUUACUCAAGUGAAACAUAUGUACAUCUACUGAAUAUUCUCCGCUAUCUUUAGGAAACUUUACUCGCUGUCGUUAAUCAAAUGUUUAAUCAA